AUUUAUAGAAUACAUUUCCUUCUCGACAACUGAUCCAAUAUUUUAAUAACAUUCAUUAAAAAUGGGAAAUCAAUUGAAACUGAAUGGAGAGUGAAUGGUAUAACGUCUGGAGUGUAGUGUCAGUAACGUUGUCCAUCAUCGGUGUGUACUCUCUAAUGGCUUUCCGUAAACCCAAACCCAUCGGUGAGGGAAUCAAUUUCGACGAACAAUCGGUUGUGACAGAUAACGAAUUAUUAGUGAGAAAAUCGCAAAUUUAUGAGAGAAGUGAUCCCUUAACCCAUCUCUUCACUGAUGCCCUCACCUUAGAUCAAGUCUUAUCGCGUGGUUCUAAAGAGUCAGUGGACGGCAAUUGUUUGGGAACUAUCAAUAAGAAGAGCAAUUCGGUGGACUGGAUCACUUAUGCUCAAGUGCUCGAACGGAUCAACAACUUCGGCAAUGGACUCAUUCAUAUGGGUCUCAAAUGUGGACAAAACACAUUCAUCGGCAUCUAUGCAACCAAUUGUGUGGAGUAUGUGUUCGCAGAGUACGGCGCUUAUACCCAAUCCAUGGUUGUUAUACCACUCUAUGACACACUCGGACCAAACGCCUGUCGUUAUAUCAUUAACAAAGGCGUUAUGUUAACUCAUAAGGGAAUUAUUUCCAAUAUCUGUGCCGUACUGUACCAAAUGGGAGAUGAGGCGACCAACAAGAAUGACACAAUGCUAUCGUUCCUGCCUUUGGCCCAUAUGUUUGAGAGAUGUUGUCAGUCUGCAGUGUUUAUGGUGGGCGGGAAAACUGCCUUCUUUAGCGGAGACAUCAAGUAUUUGCCCGAAGAUAUGCAAAUAGUGAAGCCUACUGUACUGGCCGUGGUGCCGCGAGUGCUGACCCGUGUCUAUGAUAAGUGUCACUCAAAUAUUAAGGGAAGUAAAUUGAAGGAAUGGCUGCUGAGGAAAGCUAUUGAAAGCAAACAAUCAGAGAUUGAGAGAAGAAUAAUCCGGAAGAAUAGUAUUUGGGAUAAAAUAGUCUUCAAAAAGAUUCGCAACGGUUUGGGAGGAAAGGUGCGUCUGAUUGUGUGCGGGGCCGCCCCUCUCAGUCCCAAUGUCCUCGAGUUCAUGCGAUGCGCCUUAGGAUGUGUGAUUAUUGAAGGCUAUGGCCAGACGGAGUGUGUUUGUCCCUGCACUCUCACACUCCCCGGUGAUUAUGAAACAGGACAUGUGGGACCACCACUUCCGUGCUGCUCAAUACGGUUAGAAAGUGUGCCGGAAAUGGAGUACUUUGCCAGCGAUGGCAAGGGAGAGAUCUGUGUGAAGGGACCCAUCGUUUUCAAAGGAUAUUUCAAAGACGCAGAAAAGACAUCGAUUGUGACUCAGAGUGACGGCUGGCUAAAGACUGGUGAUAUCGGGCAAUGGACUCCGAACGGAACUCUGCGUAUAAUAGACCGGAAGAAACACAUCUUUAAGCUGAGUCAGGGCGAAUACAUCGCUCCCGAGAAGAUUGAGUCGGUUUACAGUAAGAGCCAAUUCGUCGCUCAGAUCUUCGUCUACGGCGAGAGCUUUAAGUCAUGUUUAGUGGCGGUUGUCGUCCCGGAAGUCAGUGUCUUAACCCUUUGGUGUCGUAAGAAUAAUAUCAGAGGAACUCUAAGAGAUUUAUGUCAAAACAAAGAUGUGAAGAGAGCGGUGAUGAACGACUUGUUAGGUGUGGGCAAAAAGGAAGGCCUACUUGGCUUCGAACAGCUCCGAGAUAUUUAUCUACACUACGAGGCCUUUACUAUCGAUAACGGAUUGUUGACCCCGACACUUAAGACUAAAAGAAUAGAAAUCCGAAACUAUUUCGGGCGUCAAUUGGAAGAUAUGUACCGAUCAUUGGAUUGAAUGCAAUAAUGGCUCAUAUAUUCACUUAAAUAUUAGAUUAUUUUAUAAAUCUCUAGAAAUAAUUGCAUCAUACUAAUAACACUAAAACUAUUUUAUCGGUUAUUUGUCAAAAGUGCUAAAAUAUAAAACUAUAGAUCUUGAGUUAGGACUGCAUUAAUGUGAUUAUUGUAGUCCUAUUGGGAUAGGGUCUACAAAUUGUGAUGAUUUUGUGUGAUCUAUGAAUUACAUUCAUUUAUACAGUACAGUAUAACUUAAUGCCUUUACAUAAUUAUUAGUUAUUUUAACUCAUAUUUCUAUAGACAAUUCAAUUGCAAUAUACGGUAAUUUGGACUUUUAUGCACUCAUUGUGUGCAGUGCUUAACACGAAUUGAAGUGAGAAAACAAUUUUAUAAUUAUUAUUUAUAUUUGCAUUCCAGUUGUGAUAAGAAUUUAUGCCCAGGUUAGUUUUAGACUCAAAUGCAAUCAAAUAUUAUGCACUUAUUUCUAUAAUCAUAUUAAUCAUUGAUUAUAUACUGGUUAAUAUAAGUAUAUUAAUUUAGUUUGUCGUAAUACAAUAAAAAAAACUAAAGCCUUUGUACUGAAAACCUAAAUCUGAAAGCACUGAUAGACUAUUAAUAAUAGUUUUUAACUAUUUUUGAAAACACUGGAAUACACUAGGUAUUAUAUAAUAGAUUCACAAAAAUACUGUAAAGUACAGUAUAUCUUAUUCCAGCAAGUAUACUAUAGUGAGAAUUAAUUGACAAAUUAGUCUGUUAGUAUGAAUGAACCACAAUAUUGUGAGCAAUCAUUUCACUAUUAAAUAUAACUACUGUAUAAGUUAGUAAAUGAGAUCAAACAAAAAAGUGCUCACGGUCACUUUGUCCAAUACCUGUCCAUUAAACCUACAGUAUACUACUCUACAGUCAACAAUAUUCCACUCA